AUGAUAAUGAUAACAAAAGUAAUAAUUAUAACUUAUAACAGUUUUAAAAAUAGGUGAAAAAAAUUUAAAAUGUGUUCUGAGAACUGGUUAUCUUCGUCUUAUGUAAGUGGUUCGCAAAGCUAUCCAGUUUUUAACUGUAUGGAUGAUAUUUGGAAGAACGAAUUAACGAACAGAUGGUGGGUUCUUUCUGCUUCAGCAGUUCCAACUUUCGCUUUGUUUAUCCUAAUAUUUUCGUUUAUAAUCUAUAGUCAUUAUAAAAACGAACAACUAAUUGCUAAAUACCGUAUUUUGAAGGGAACAGAUGCACGGGCUCCAAACCUAAUAAGCAUCCGUGAAUACAACUGUAUUGUUGAAAUAAUGAAAAAAAGCCAGAAAAGAAACAAAAAAUUUAUAAAUUUUAAUAUAAAUAACUUGCAGUCUGGAACGGAAGCGUUUAAUCUGAAAACUAAUCAAAUUUUAGUGGAGCCCAAACUCUCAAAAACGCCAUCGGAUCCAGCCAACGUUUCACUUGCAAAAUUGCAAACAGCGUUUUCAUUGUGACCUAAAACGUACGAGAUUCACUACUCCCAUAACUUCUGGUUCAAUAUA